AUGGAGCGCUUGCAGUGUAUCCAGUCUGAAUUGCAAUGCACGGAAGAGGUUUAUGUGGAACCUCUAGUUGAUGAAGAACAUAAAGAAGAAAUUAAGCAUAACAUCCCUUAUAAUGAUAAAAAUGACCAUCAUUUUAAAGAGGAAAAAAACUAUGUGUUCACAACCCAGACUCCAACUGGCUCCCAGUCUGAAAUAUCCGUGAAAGCAACAACUGCUGUGGAUUUUUCUCUAAGAAACUAAACAACCGAGGUUCCAAAUGAGCCUGCAUUUUGGACAAUGUUAGCUAAAGUUUUAAAUGAAACAGUGCCGGAGGAAGAAUCAAGAGAUCAAUUAUUCCAAGCAAUUCCAAGCUCUGAUUUGAACGCUACAAGUGAAGACCAAGGGGUUGAAGCACAGGAUAACAAGUUAAAACUAAUGCUGGGCAUCUCCCUGCUGACCCUCCUCCUUUUCACCAUCCUCCUGGCAUCAUCUAGUGCCUUGCUGUACAAACUGAAGACCACUUAUAACAAGCAACUUGAGCGUCAGUACUCCAUCCACCCCGAGCUGGCAUCGCUGUCCUACUUCCAGCCGGCCCAGGGCGUCUCAGACUCAUCCUUCUCUCGGAGCGCCGAGAGCAGCACCCUUUUGGACCCAGGAAUGGGCAUGACAACCUCGAAUGAAUACAUGCGUUAGACCUCGGAGUGGCGAUGUUCCCACUGAUAGAGAACUUUAGUUUUGUGUCAUAAAAAAAUAUCUUUCUUUGUAAAU